AUUUACGAUUGCCCGCUGCUACAACUGUUUACCCACUGAUGUGCUCUUGAGCCACUCUGAUUUACGGCCUGCUCUUGGACCGGGUCCUAUCAUAACGGCUAGCUGCCCAUCAAGGAAUAUUGCUCCACUUUAUGUCUGGUGGUGGUGUGUGUGUGAGUGUAUACAUGUAUAUCCUAGACAGCUAUACAGCUAGCUAACUUGAUUCACUUUAACUGAGAGUUGAGUCAGUCACUGGAGAAAACAACCCAAAACCCUAACGUGUGUGAAUGUAAAAAGGAAAAAACCUAACGUGUGUGAGUAUAUACAUACACAUCCUAUGGAGCUUCAGUAUACAACUUGAUUCACAUUUAACUCCCAGAGUUCCAUCGGUCACUGGAAUAGAGUUCCGUGUAACAAAAAACAACAACAAAAAACCCUAACGUGUGUGAGUGUAUACAUAUACAUCCUCAGGAGCUCCAGCAUACAGCUAGCUAACUUGAUUCACAUUUAACUCCCAGAGUUCCAUCGGUCACUGGAGUAGAGUUCUGUGUAGCAACCAAAAAAAAAAAAAGUGAAAGUUAUUCAUCCGUUUGCAAGAGGGAAGAAUUACCUCGACAUAUGGACCUGUGUUUAUUUCUGUUGGUGAGGUAGGCUGACUUAACACACAGUGAGAUCCGUUGCUGCCUCUAAUCACAUAGUCACAUCCAUUUGUGCCACUAAACGUUAUGUGUGAACCCCGAGCCGGCUGACACUGUGUUUCUGUUUCGUUAUAAUACUCAUGUGGAGUUUGUGGUGAUGGAGGGCCAGGAAACUAUGAGACCGUUACAGAGGUAGUUGUUACAGAGCUGCCACAUAUCAAAGAGAUAAAGAAAAAGAGAGAGAACAAACAAACAAAAAAACUUGUGGAAAACUUUGCAAAAGUUGUGUGCGAAGUUUGCAAAAAUGUGGAGUAUUCUGCAUGCAUACCAGUAUGCAAAUAUCGGGGCAUUUCCAGCAUACCCACUCCCUGACCCCAGGGCAAGCUUCGAGGACUCGAACAGCAUGGAGGCGGUGUCUCACCCGUACCGGUCGAUGGAGACGAUGUCGCCAGACGGGCUGUCGUCGUCCAAGGGCCGCAAGAACAAGGAGGACAAGUACUGCGGGGUCUGUGGUGACCGCGCACUCGGCUACAACUUCGACGCCAUCUCGUGCGAGUCGUGCAAAGCCUUCUUCCGCAGGAAUGCUCCUAAGGGACUGGACUACUUCAAGUGUCCAUAUGAAGAGAAGUGUAAGAUGGAUGUUUCAAAUCGCCGUUUCUGUAAGCGGUGUCGGCUGAGGAAAUGUUUUGAAAUUGGAAUGCGGAAAGAAUAUAUCUUGACAGAAGAAGAAAAAGUCAGAAAAAGGCAGCGGAUCGAAGAAAACAGGAAAAUUCGCGACUACGACACUAAAAAGAUGCAGAUCGGCGACGUCAGUUCGUCUCAGACACGGGUCCGGCCCCUGGAGCAGGACGAGUCAAUGCAUAUAAACGAGCUGGUGGGAGCGUACCGCCAGUCCCUGGAGAUCUCCAUCGAGUCGGACAUCUCCCGCGAGGAUCCGUCCAUGACCGACCUGGUCAACAUCGCCGAGGUGAGCGUGCGCCGCGUCAUCGACAUGUCCAAGAAGAUCAAGGCUUUCAAGGCCCUGUCGCAGCCCGACCAGAUCAAUCUACUCAAGGGGGGCAGCAUCGAGCUGCUCAUCAUCCGGUCGGUGAUAACGUUCGACCGCGAGAAGGGCCACUUCCUAGACCCCUACGACAAGGAGAAGUAUGCGAUGACAGAGGAGCAGCUGAAGAUGGGUGAAGGAGGCGGACUGUUUGAGGAGCACAUGAAGUUUGUGAAGUCGCUAGCCGUCGACCUCCAGGCCGACGAGACCGUCCUCAUCCUGCUGCUGGUGAUCGCGCUGUUCUCACCCGACCGCCCCAGCAUCACCGACAAGCUGUACGUGGCCCGGGAGCAGGACAAGUAUGCCCUGCUGCUACAGCGCUAUCUCGAGUCCAAGUACCCCGCUCACUUCGUCCGCUGCCUCUACCCGAAACUGCUCAUGAAGCUGACGGACAUUCGCAACCUCAACGAGGAACACUCGCAGGUCCUGCUGAAGGUGAACCCCGAGGGUAUCCAGCCCCUCAUGAAGGAGGUUCUUGAUCAAAACCUCUGCAAGUAGUAGGGUCAUCAUCCUCGGGUUAUGUGAUUUGUUUCUUUUGCUUGGAUGGAAGGACGGUCAAACGCUGGCAAGUGGUCUUUGUUGAUCAUGAAUUCGUCUCUAGGCCAAAGUGUCACAGAGUCUUCAGGACAGGAAAACAAUGCUUCAGUGAAAAUAUUCUUGUUAUAUUUUCUCAAUGGUUGAAGUAAAAAUGUUAAAAAAAAGACAUGCUGAAGAUUCGUAUGGAAACUUUGUCGCUGCAAAGAGAUGUUGCGAUGAUGUGACUGUGUAGACGCUUGUCCAACAGUGAUGAUUGGGAUUUAGAGAGAGAGAAAACAUUAAAAGAGUGCUAUUAAAAUUAAAACAAUCAGUGCUAUAUGACCUUAGUAAGGAACUAAAACAUACUAGUUGUCAUUGAUGGUAGCUAUUAGUGAUGACUAGCACCUGACUGGUUAUCAUUCGUGGUGACUGACCAUCACCAUACUGGCUGUGGUUUUAACACUUCGUAUGUUAGUGACAGGAUUCUAGCAUCCACUUGAACCAUUCUCUAUAUCAAUGACUGGAAACAGCAGUGCGCCAUUUGUGUCCAGUGCUUUUUAAAUCACUCCUAACCUUGUUUUGUUAUCCAAAAUAAGAUUUUUGUUUCAGAAAUCAUUGACCAAUAUAGUAGAUGGUUCAGCCACAGUAGAAAGCAAGUUAAAUGAUCUUGAAUGUUGCCUUCAAAGCAUUCAAUUGAACCAUGAUUUAAAAUUGGCCUUCAAGGCAUUCAGCUGAACCAUGAUUUAAAAUUGGCCUUCAAAGUAUUUGGCUGAACCAUGAUUUAAAAUUGACUUUCAAGGCAUUCAGCUAAAUCAUGAUUUAAAAUUGGCCUUCAAAGUAUUCGGCUGAACCAUGAUUUAAAAUUGGCCUUAAAGUCAUUCACCUGAUCCACAACUUAAAAUUGGCCUCUAGAGCAUUCAGUUGAGCCAUGAUAGUCUGUGAUGAGGUCAUCAUGGUUGCAUUCAGUUAAAACCCUGCUGGUACGUGAUGAACUCUUAUCAGCCCACUCGCUGCGUGCUACCUGUAACCUUCUUGGAUGCUGACAUUAACGCUGGCAGCUGAUCGUUUCCAUGAUGUGAGAUCCUCCAAGUCGACCAUUCAGCGCAAAUGUCGUAAUUCGUCUUUGUCAUCAUCAGCCAUCUUGAUAGCCACCAUCAUCACUCGUGCACCUUGCUGGAUGCUGUUUACUUCCGUUGCCCACAGGUGGCAGCAGGUUACAUUUUAGCAUGAACUGUACAUACAACCUUCACUUUAGUUGCAGAAGUUGACCAUUUAUGUAGUGACUUGUUACAUUCUGUUACAUUCAUUUACACACAGUGCAGUCAGUACCGGUAUGCUGUGUAAAUGAAUCUUCUUUUUUCUUUUCUUUUAUGUUUACAGUGAAACCUCUCAAAACCGGACCCUCUGGUAAUCAGAAUUCCCUCAAUACCGGACAUUUUUCGCAGCUCCUUUUUAAAUAUCUGUACAGAAGAGACCCUCUCUAAACCUGAUACCUCUUAAAACCAGACGUUUUACUUGGUCCAGAUGGUGUCCUGUUUAGGGGAGUUUCACUGUAUAUUGUAUCUACUUAAGGUGAGUUAUUAUUUUUCAAAACUGAUGCUGUCAAAGUGUUAUCUUCUAGAGGGAGGGGAUUGGCAGAAAAUUAAAUUUGGUAUGAAGUCUGGAUAUCGGCCUGGUAGCAUAAUUGCCCGACUAAUUUUUUGACCUUUCGACAAAAAUGGGUGAAAACCCUGAUUUUUAUACAAACAGAAAUGAAUUCUUUAAAGAUUAUUUUGACAAGAUUGUUAAAACAAAUUUUAUAGUAAAAAAUCUGUUGGGUUUGGGGUUUUUCAGUUUUCUCAAAAGCUGUAAACAAAAUUAGUUGGGUAAUUAUUCUAAGAGGCUGAUAAUAUAUAAAUAAAUGUCUUCUAUCUUCUGUAAUUUGGGAAUGGUCCACAGUUAAACAUACAUCUAACAUGAAAAUAGUAAUUAAAUUUGCAUGUUCAAAAGAGAAUCAGACAUGGCACUUAUAAAAUGUUUAGGGUCUAUAGACUCAAGACUUCAAUAGAGUCUGAGACUUUAAUGCCAUGACAACGCCAUACAAAUUGUAUGUGUGUGAUGACAUUAAAGAUUGACUCUGGACUCUGACAUGGUCCUGAACACGUAAAACAGAAAUCUGGAUGGCCUGUCCAAGACACAUAACACACCUAAUAAAUAACCUUUCUUGUAGUUAGUCUCUGAUUAACUCAACCCCUGGGUAACAGUACACUCUUGAUCUCAUUACCAGUCUCCGGGCCAUGGCAUGUGGGUACAAUAGUUAAUAUAAUGUGUCAGCUUUAGGCAGGGGCUUACAUGUUCACUGGAAUUUAGGUUACUGAUCCCAGUUUCAAAAAUAAUAUUUUUUUUUAAAAGACUGUAAUUGUUUACAUUACAAAACGCUGUCACAGUUUAAUCAAUGUCAGUUUGUAAAGCAGUUGUUAUGGCAAGCUCUCUCUCUCUCUCUCUCUUUGUUGUGGGUAGGAACAAAAGUAAGAAGAAAAUCCAUAAAUAUGCAGUUUAUUUAUGGCCGUUAAAUAUGCAUGUUUUCACCUAGUUAUUGGAGAACUCGGGUGUAGUUUUAGAUGUUUCAAGAAACUGUUUUGUUAUCUUUUCCAUCGUACUAAUAAAAGGCCAUCAGCUUAUUACAUGCAUUCUACCUGUUUAGGUAAAAUACAUUCAUAUUAAUUUUAAUAGGAGCUUCACUAAAAUACAUCUAACAAAAUAUAUUGAAAUGUUUGAAAACUUUUCACUACUUAGGACAUGAAAAGAAAACCUAGGUUUUAGCAGAGAUGUUAUUUUUCAACUUUUUAUAAAUGUUAUUUUUUACAAAUAUUUUGGCACAAACUAAUGUUCCCAAAGGAGAUUGUGUUUGAUCUGAAAUGUUAAGAAAAUAUUACCUUAUUUAAAUAUUGUUUUAAAGAUUUUAGCUUUUUAAAGAACUCUUCAACUUCUAUUUUUAAGUAGGUAUCACAUCCCUGUUUUAUAUUUAAUUAUUAUACUAUUAUUUAAUUCUGUUGAAAUCCUCUCCAGUGUUUAUUAACCGUACUGCACCAGAAGAUCUACCACAAACAGAGUGUCCCUUUAAGUAAAACAAACUGUGUUUUUUAUAUAUUUAUAUACCUAUGGACUGGGAACUGAGUUGAAAAUAGAUUAUCGUGUUGCAUUGAUACAUUUUUAAAUAUUAAAAGACUCCAUUUUCCUUUUUGUUUGCUUUCAGCUCAAUGUUUUGACACCAUUGUUUGGGGAUCAGUUUCUUUUUAGAGCGAAUUCUUUGUGUGGGUUUUAAGUAUGUACAUUUGAGCACCAUCAUACAAACAUUAAUGUGCUACCCGCGGUGCAUUUACAUAAGCAAUAUGGCUGCCCUUUGAAUCAAUAUCGAUAUAAAUGUGUGUCAGAGACCAUCUGCAUUGUCCUGGGGCCUUCAAUAAUCUCAUGAAGGGGAUGCAUUGAUUGAUUUGCAUGGCAUUCGUGUGCACUGGUGUGGACAUGCUCAACAAACAAACUGAAAGGGACAUCGGCUACGACAUUUAAGCCAACUUCACGGCCGAAUGGUCAGUGAACGGACGUGGAUUUACAUCCACCUCUUCGAAUCUUCUACAAAUAAAAAAAAAAUAAAAAAAUGGCUGUGUACAUCUUUGAUAUUACUAAGUUUGAAAAGAUUUCUUUGUAGUGAAAAAAAGAGAAAAAAAAGGCUGACUUUUAAAAUAGUGUCUGUCAUUUGUGACUUGGUAAGACCCAGUGUUGACUGUCGGAUUGAUAAUGUUAACAAAAGGUCCUAAGUACCGACCGUUGUAUCUCCGAUCAAUGCUGUAUUGUUGCCGCUUCUGUACACAUGGGGCUUGGGUAAUCAAUUAAUUAGAAAGAAGAGUAAAUGUGGUAAAAAAAAAUCAAAUUCUUAUUAUGAAGGGUAAUCAACUCUGAAGCAAGAAAACAUGUAACGUUUGAUUAAAAUGUCUACUUGUCAAUUCUGUAAUAAUGUUUGUUUCGUGUCGAUCAAUACUUUUGGACAAUUGCUGUGACGUUUAUUCACGAGUAUUGUAAAUAUUGUCUCAUUCUUGCCUCUCGCAAUCUUCCAGUUUGCUCCAAGCAGUAGUCCAAAUUAGUAGACUUGCCAUAGUUGGGGGAAAAUAAACACCAAAGCAGACGGCUCUAAAACAAAUGUAUUUUAAUAGGAGCAGAACAUCUCCUAGACAGCCACCCAUUUCUUUCUAAAUAUUCAUUACAGUAUCUGGAAUAUGGUCCAUAUCAUCACUAACACUGGCCACAUUUUUAGAUAUUGGUAAGCUCAAUAUUUUUUUAAACCUAAAAUAUAGACCAUUUCUUCCUCAUUCUAGAUCUUUUCCUGAAUAUGGAUUGUCAUAUUUUCCUAACAUUGGCCACAUUUCUAAAUAUCAAUAAGUGCUAUCUUUUAUUGAACAUAGGCCAUUUCUUCUUCAUCCUAGAUCUUUUCCUGAAUAUGGACAUCAUAUUUUCCUGAACUUCGGCCACAUUUCUAAAUAAUGUUAAUACCCUCUCUUACUAAACAUGGGCUAACCUUUUUCUAGAUAAGCACCAUCUAAUUCUAAAUAUUGUCAAUACUAUGGCUUCUCUGUUUCUACACGUUCAUGUUAUUGGCUGUUAUGGAGAGAUGACAAACAGUAUGGGCUAAAUUUACAAGGCUUGUUUUUGAUUUACACAUGUGUAACUACAUAUAUUAACAAGGCUUAAACAAGAAAAAAGACUCUGUAAAUUCAGCCCUCUAUAGGUCACAGUUGAUCCGUAGUUCAAUGGUUGAUUCAUGAUACACAGAAAUUGCACCAUAUUUCUUGGAAUAUCUUUUUGUUGUUUAUUUUUCAGUUAUUUUAUUUCUGAUACUGUAAUAAUUUGACUGAUUGAUGUCUUGACAAAAGCCUGACCCAUUGUCCAAAUCAUGGAUUCAGUAAUUUUUAGGCUGUAAAAUGAAUGUUUUUGUUUUUGUUUUUCAUGUACGGUACUUUCCAGUGGUGACUUUGUUCAGAUGUAUUGAUGGAAAAAGUUUCAAAUUAGGAAGAAAUUAGUAUCUGUAUAGUAGAUAAUUAAUUUAAUAUAAAUUUAUAUCUGUAUGGUAGAUAAUUAAUUUGAUAUAAAUUUAAAUUUAUUGUACCUGUUUUUUUAAUUGGAUAUGUUAUAUAGAAGAAACAGAUUUCGGUGUUUUUAUUUUUAGAUUCUUUUCUUCAGUAUGAUUUGCAGCAUAUUGUACGCAUCUUCAAGGGUGGAGAAAUAGAAAGGUUAUUGCAAAAAAAACAAAGUCGUAGCUUUUGAUAAAUGUUUUGGAUGUUUUAUGGUUAAUAUUUAGAGUAUCAAAGUUGCACCUGUAUGCACUGUAUGCACUAGUGCAGAUGUUACUUCAAAGUUGAGAAAUAACGAGAAGGCAGGCAUUUGUGCAUCUGUCAAAAUAUACGUUUGCACACGAAACUGAAGGAAGUUAAAAUCCCACGGGUGUCGAUAGUUUGAAAUACUGCCUGCAAAACCAGUUCAUUAAGAAGCAGAUCUCAAUAACUGAAUACACAUGGCAAGUACUUGAAUCUCUGAAGAUCUUUUUCUAGAAUAUGUUGAUGAAAGUGUUUAAGGAGAAAAAUAACUGUCAGACCUUUUUUUAUUUUAACUCAACAAUAAUGGAUCUGCUUCCCUAAGUGAGAAAGUUGUAAUUUUAAAGGUAGAAUCACACAGCAUUUUAUCUACUAAAGGCCUCAUUACACAUCAUGAACUAUACACUGCACAUACAUCCCUCUUUUGUUAAGCUGUUUUGAAUUUAUUAUUUUUUUAAUGGCUGGCAUAAUUAGCUAAAACUGAAUGAAAUUAGUUUUCUAAUUUAUAGCUACAUGCAUGGCAUUAAUUUAGUUAUAUACCAAAAUAUCAACAAGUGGAGUAUCAUGACAAUUAUGUAGCUUCCUGAAUAUUUUAUAUAUUUCAGGCAAUAUUUUGUUAACUAUCAUAGCCAGCUAGUGUCACUGGUGGGGGGGGGGGGGGGGGGGGCAAGGGUCAGGAGGGGUAGAGGAGACAAUUAAAUUUUUAAGGGGGCAUAAUUAAGGCAUGCACACAAUGGCCGAUUUUAAGAGGCUAAUCUUUAUUUGGGGGGGGGAGGGGGACCAAUGCUCCCAGGCUAGGGUUCCUGAUGUUGUUGGGCCCUGUAGUAGUUGAAAUGUGUAACCCUACCUUUAACAUAUACUGAAUAUUUUUAGUCUAAUGUGAAACAGUUCUGUGUUAUGUAUAACUGUGAUGAUGGUUGCAUUGUGGUGAACGUAAUUAGGUGUUCACAAGUUGGAUUUACUGUUUAUUGGUGAAAAUUAUCAAUAUAAAUGUGUGGUAGGCUGUUUGAUAGAAACGAAUUAUGGCCUUUGCUUGUGGCAAUACUUCCCAAGCUUGAUAUACAAAAUAAUGGCUUAUCCCCCUUGCUUGUGGGCAUGGGUUUAUUCUUUAAUAACCGGUGACUCAUUUAGCCUUGGUAACAAUUGCUUGUCUGAUUAUAUUCAAAGUAUAUUAAAAAUAUAUUUUAUUAGCUGUUGAUAUUCUUUUUCAAUGCUUUUUUAAAAAAAAAUAAAAAAUUAAUAUUGACCUAAAUUUUAAAAAUAAUAUAUCGUGUGCUCAAACAUAUACAUCUUUGUUAGAAGUAAUAUUAGGUUUUGUUUCACAGAUUUUAGUUUACAGUCAAUUUUAUAACACAUACAGUCAACCAUUUUAAUUUUUGUAUUGAUAGGGCUUUUACCACAGGUGGUCUUUAUUUACAGGUAGAAAUACAUUUGUAUGCAGCAAGGUAUGUGUCUGAAGUGCUUACAACAGAAAGGUGACUGUUACACAGAUUAUUACAUCUUGAAAUAACAAACUUUUACUAUCUUCAACAUUAUUUAACUACAGUCUCAUAGAUGUUUUGGUGUCCAAAUAAUUAAGAUAAUUUGGUUGGGCCUAGCUCAGACUCUUACCAAAUUCGCCAGUUGCAAAUUUUAAAAAACAAUUGGUAAAUUUUAUUUUAAAUUGGUAAAAUAAUUUCAUCCAAUAAUUGUCAUUUUGUUAGAAAAUAGUUUUUGAUCUUUAAUAGAUGAUAUGGUGAAUUUUUCUGCUCACCCAGAGCUUUCUCUGAUUUUGUUUGCAAUCAAUUAUCGGAAAUUAAUUGCGGUCUAACAUCUCAACAGAUCAUGGUAUCAUGGUACACGUAUCAUGGUAUCAUGGUACAGUCUUUACCUUCUGCAGUAUGCAUACAGCUCUUCUUGCAUCAUAUGCAUGUACAUGAAAUGUAAUUUUGUAGCAGCAUAGGUUUCAAAUGGCAACUGUUUUACUGACACUGCUAAAUCUUGUAGACCUUAGCAAGGUGUGUAUUACAAAUAGAGCACAACUACAUUGUAUAUAACACAAAGUCAAGCUAGUGUGCCUCAGUGGAAUCAUUAGUGUACUUGGAAGUUCAUCAACUUAACUCGAAUAUAAUUUUUAGUCUCUGUUUUUGUUUUGUUUCUCUCCAAAGCAAUUACAUUAAUUGUGAAUUUGCUUUCAUUCAAGUAUUACUUGUUUGUAUGUGUGUAUGGCCAUUAUCACCUCAUAUGUACAGUGUAUUUCAUUUAAUUGUCAGUCUUAAGCUUGUACAUUUUUAAGCUGAACACUGACUUGGACUAAAUAUAGCAGCCUCUAUCAUUGGACCAUCCUUUGGGUCGGAAUUGUCCAAUCAAAUGGCAUGUUACAUAAAUGACCAGUCAGUGAUGCUAGACUUUUAGUUUUGUUUGUGAUUACCUCUAUUAAAACCUUGUUUGUGAUUAGUUCUAGCCUGGUUUGAGAACAGACAACUAUCAGAGCAUGUAUACUAUUAAGUUUGUCAUGUUAUUUCACAAAGUGUUUUGUGUUAUGGUUUUUGGUGUGUGAAAAUAUGGCAGUUAAGAUAUUACAAAUUAUUCUUAUUAUAAUGAGUGUUCUCACUAAUAUCUGUUGUGUGUCUCAAUCUCUUUAUGUGAAGAAAGGGGGAAAUAAAAUCUUACAGUCUACCUGUUAAACAUAAGUGACCAAUGCAGUCUAGCAUUAAUUAUCUUAAUUAUCUCAUGUAAGAUAAACUUCAGGAAGUUAUUCUUUGUUAAGAUGUUAAGUAUGGUUUAAAUACAAGUAUAUUGUGCUUGCUGAUUUUUAUUAUUAUUAGUUAUUUUUAUUUUUUUACCAUUUUUUAAAUGUUUUAAAAUAAUUACUUUUGCAAGAUUUUGUAGGUCAGUAUGAUGUAUGAAUUUACCCAUCAUUCAUCAAAAAUCAUGCCACAUAUCUCAGACAAGCUAUUCUGCUGACCAUUUUCCUCUAAAGCAAUCUUUUUAUCUUGGUCUGGCCACUGUUUUCAGCAUUUGCAUAGCAAUCGUUUUACUAAACAUAUAUACAUUUUUGUUUAGCGUGAAAUUUAAUUUCCCCUUCAGUUUGCAAUCAUCACAACAUUAAUUUCCAUGGGUGUCACCAGGCAUUUUAAAAGAGAGUUCAUUUGGAUAUAGAACUAGAAUAUUUUCAGGGCUUAAACUGGAACAACUUUUGUUUUAGCCGAUUUUCAGAUAUGAAGAGCAUUUCCUUGAAAAUUAUUCAAAAGUGGUUAAUUUAAAAAACAUUUUAUUAGCCAAACACUAUUAUGUUUAAGGCAAUUUUUUUUUAAGCUGAAGAGAUGGGGGGGGGGGGGGGGGUAUGGUCUCAUUGAGACCCACUGAGCCCUGCCUGGUGACGUACCUGGUCCCAAACUGGUGAAUUGUGCCUGCACAAUGAAACUGGUCACUUUUCAUAGGAAUUACAACUUCUUGAUAAUUAAAUAGAACGAUAUGGAGGAAGGUAGAUGUAGGAAUCGUGAUGGGUGGGUGACAGGUUUCUGUGGACGGACGGAUCAGAUGAACUGAGUCUGUAAUGAACAGUUCAUGAAUCCGUGUUGGCAGAAACCAGGAACAUGUGCCAUAUUCGAAAGUGUACUUUUGUGAAACGUGUACAAAGAAUAGAGAUUUUAUAGAAUCCUAUGCAAAUUUCCGUAGGUAGUGUCUUAAAUGUGUUGUGUACAUACUAUAUACCUUUGUCCUCUGUGUUAAACAUGAAAUCCUUAUUGUUACUGACGGGAGCUGUUUGUUAUAUACCUAUCAAUUUGUUCAUACAAGUUUUUUGUUUUUGUGUCCACUGUCGUCCUGUGUUAACUGCUAGUGAUGUAGUGCUGUAAUUUCCCCCAUUUUGCUGGGGAGCAUCACUGCAGUUGUUGAGUUGCUUGCGUCAUUUUGUUUGUUGGAAUUCAUUGCAGAUGGUCCUUGAGCUUCAUGAAAUUUUCUUAAUCGUUUUAUAUCCAGCUUGUACCGAGGAAAAUCAGCAAUGAAUAGAUUUAAUUAAAUUUUUAUUAAUUAAAUUGUGGCAAUUGUAAUAGUCUAUAUUUUUAUUAAUAUAUUAGUAUAAAUGGCAUUACUAUAACACUAAGAAUCUAUCAUGGUCUGUUAUCUCUCCACUUGUAAACCAUUCAGAAGGACUAGGGCAGCAAUGCUUGCAGUAUUUUUCAUAAUGUAGUUCUUCAAAGACAGAAACCAUAUUGGGAAGUACCUCUCACCUUCUUUAUAUUGUAACUGUGCUGUCUUUUGUCUUUUUUCUUUCCUUAAGUUUAUUAUUCGUUCUUUGUGUCAUCGGAUACGUAUUAGUUUACAAUUUUGAAUUGUCACUCCUUAUUGGUGGAAUUGGUGCAUUAAUGACUUAAAAUUUCAGUUCGAUUGGUUGAUGGUUGUAGUCAGUGUCAGCAUACUGGAUGUGAUUGGUUGAUUUUAAUUCUGAUCACUUGUGUGACUAUGAUUUGAAGGUUUUGGAGAUGAAUAAACAGACUAUUCCUACUUUGUGUUUUAAGUCUUGUUAUUGUGAUCAUUGUUACCUGUACAGGUAGCCAUCAGAAUGUUUUAAAAAUAAGAUAAAAUGUAAAUAAACUGUGUAAACUUGA